UCAUGUGCCCAGAUUCACACAGCUAGAAAGUGGUGGAAUUAAGAACCAACCCAGGUGAUCUGGUCCCAGAGCGCUUGCUGGUUUUUUUCCUGAUCAGGAGGACAGAUCAGCAUAGAGUCCAAGCAUGAAUGUUCAUCGUGGCAGUGAGAGCGACAGGUUAUUGCUGCAGGAGGCCAGCUGCCUAAUGGAUGAAACCUCGUCUGCAGCCCAAGAAAAAGAAACUAGUAGCCUGACUUCUUCUGGUCUUCAAAAUCUUGCUUAUCCGCUAACUCCCAGGAGUGAUGACCUUUCACUGGACUAUGCCUCUCAGCCAGCAAGCCUCCAGUUCCCUCACAUAAUGCCACUUCCCGAAGACAGCAAAGCCUCCUGCUUCCCAGGUGGGACUAAACGGAGCUAUGAACCCUUUAUUGCUCCAGAACGAUUUGGAAACAGCACUAUGGGCUUUGGCAGUAACGUUCAUUCCCAGGCGCCAGAGAAAGUGACACUUCUCGUAGACGGCACACGUUUUGUGGUGAAUCCACAAAUUUUCACUGCUCACCCAGACACCAUGUUGGGAAGGAUGUUUGGACCAGGAAGAGAAUACAACUUCACACGGCCCAACGAGAAGGGGGAGUAUGAGAUUGCCGAAGGAAUCAGCGCAACUGUCUUUCGAACGGUGCUGGAUUAUUACAAAACUGGUAUCAUCAAUUGUCCUGAUGGCAUCUCUAUCCCAGACCUUAGAGAUACGUGUGAUUAUCUCUGCAUUAACUUUGACUUCAACACUAUCCGAUGUCAAGAUCUGAGUGCUUUAUUGCAUGAACUGUCCAAUGACGGUGCGCACAAGCAGUUUGACCACUACCUCGAGGAACUGAUCCUGCCCAUCAUGGUGGGCUGUGCCAAGAAGGGGGAGCGGGAGUGCCACAUUGUUGUGCUGACCGAUGAGGAUUCUGUGGACUGGGAUGAAGACCACCCCCCACCCAUGGGAGAGGAAUAUUCCCAAAUUCUUUAUAGUUCCAAGCUCUACAGAUUCUUCAAGUACAUUGAGAAUCGGGAUGUUGCUAAAACAGUGUUAAAGGAACGGGGCCUGAAAAACAUUCGCAUUGGAAUUGAAGGUUACCCUACCUGUAAAGAAAAAAUUAAGAGAAGACCUGGUGGCCGAUCUGAAGUCAUCUAUAAUUAUGUGCAGCGCCCUUUUAUCCAGAUGUCAUGGGAAAAGGAAGAAGGAAAGAGUCGCCAUGUGGACUUCCAGUGUGUUCGGAGCAAAUCCCUCACUAACCUGGUAGCUGCUGGAGAAGAUGUCUUGGAGGACCAGGAGAUACUGAUGCAUCACCCGCCCCAAGUGGAUGAACUUGACCGACUGAAUGCCCCACUUUCUCAGAUGGCUUCUAACGACUUUCAGGAUUAGGGCCAGUAUGGGCCCACCUCUCUGCGAAGUGUCUGGGCUGCCAAAAGCCAGUUCUCCCAUCCUUCCCUUCCUCCCAUAAUUAACGUGCGUCCUUUUCAGUACAUCUGCACCUCUGCCGGGGAUGAGAAAGCACUGGUAAUGAAGCUCCCAGCUUGGCAGCAGCCCCGCUAACUUGAAAUUUUGGGUCUGGUGCUGUUCACUGAGCCUUUGCAUAACUGCAAAGCAGAAAAGCAAGUCAAGACUCCUGUCGCCUCAUUCGGCAAAGCAGUUCUGACCCUUUGUGCUGUGUCUUGGCUUUUGUGUCUUGUUUUAUACCAGGCACAUCACUUAGCAGCGAAGGGACCAAACUUAGAGACAAUCUCUAUCUUCUGCAAAUAGCACUAAUGGCAUGCUCAUUAGAGGUUGGAGAAGAUGCCAUUCCUAGUGGCAUCUGUGCUCAGAUUGCAUCAGGGAAGAAUGAGGCUUGUAUUCAACAUGUCUAAAAGGAACUUCGUAGGCGCUAAAAUUCAGUUUUGUUUUUUCAUUAAAUGCAAGAACAAUCCAAAACCACAUGGAUUCUGUCACAGGAAGGAAAGUGGCAUCAGAGUGUUGAUGGAACCUUAGCGUCAUGGUGUUUAGAUUAUUCAUUUAGAAGGAAACUCAAGUAGAAGAACCUCUCCCGAUGGGCCACUCUGAUUGCCCUGGCUUGGAAUUGGUGAGAAGCCACAGGUCUUCACCCAGGAGCAGCAUGUUGCUGUGGAUGUGGAUGGGCGACCUUGGAUAUGACUUAAAGGCUCCAGCUGUGAGCAGACAGUUCUCACAAGGGCUGUUUCUCAGAGGGAAGACUUGUAAGAGCUCCAGUGAGGGGACGUGUCGGGGAAAGCUGGAUGGGGAAGCAUUACCUGCUCAGGCUUUGUCCCAGUACAGGAUUCUUCUUUGUGCAUUCUUUUCAUACUUAGGGAAUUUUUUUGGAUACCAGGAUAUUUUCAUUUUGAAAUAGCCUAUCAGCUGCUCACACUGAGUAAGAAACCAUACAUACUAACAUCAUCCCCCAAGGAUGGACGAGUUGAAGGGAAGUGAGCCCUAGUAAUUGUUUGCUCUGUCACUGCGUGUCAGUGCACAGCGACAACCAGAUCACCCUCCCCAGCACUGAACCGCCUUCCCCAGUGUCCCCAUGGCUAGAGCCGGAUGUCAUGGGACCAUCUCCCCUUUUGCGCUACAGGCUGGCCUUCCAGUCACCUGCCCCAGGUAUUUACUCAUCACAACUUACAAAGAGGCACAUAGUUUUCAAGUCCUUUAAGAGCAUGACUGGCUUUCUUAAAUCCCAUUCCCAUAAGAUGCUAUAGGGCAAGCUGCUUGAUUCUGUUUUGACCAUGCUAGUCACAGUCCUCCAAGAGUGACGUCGGAUGGGCGUUGAAAGAUGCUCUUUCCAGGCUUGAAGAGCAAGAAUCUUACUAGUAAGUGUAUUCUUUGCAUGUGGUCAGCAUCACAGUAGAAAUCGAUGCUCUAUUUCUCUGAAAAGUAAUCGGGGUUAAACUGAACCACCCCCCUCCCCACCUGCAGAGUUCUGAUUACCAUGGCAUCCGUUUGUAAGGCAGGUGGCCAGUGGUAGUUUUAUUUCUGUGAAACUGUUGGCUCAUAUUGAGGUCAGGUCUGGCUAUGACCUUACCAGUAUACAUUCGUGCCCACUAGGAACCGACCAGCCCAGUAUUGUUUAAUGGUGCUUCCUUUACUUUUCAGUUGACUUCCAUGUCAUCACAAAGGACAUUUACAUUGAGUGUGUAGUCUGUGGUAUAUGUAUAACUUUUGUUACACAGCUAAUGUAUUGGUAAUGUUUAGAAAGUGUCAACACGCUGCAGCUGAUACUCUAGUCCUUGCUUAGUUGGAAAGCCACGUAUGAAAGUAUGGCAUGUAGUGAACACUUUCUUCUAUAUCGGUGGUUCUCAACCUUCCUAAUGCCGCGACCCUUUAAAUAUAGUUCCUCAUGUUGUGGUGACCCCCAACCAUAA